AUGAUUGAGGACAGUCCAGUGGCGCUAGAGCCUUCUCAAGACACUGCCAGCCUCGUCAAGCGUCUAGCCGGACCUUCUGUGACAAAAGCAGGCCUUGCAAAGGACCAGACCGAGAUCAACCGAAUAAUUGCAGAGGUGUCCAAGGGAUCAAAAUUUUACGAAAAUGAGAAACGCAAAGACAAGGAACUUACCGAGAGAAUUGCCAAGAUCCUCAAGAUUAAGGAUGAUGUGGUGAAAUCGGCCAACAUUCAAGAGCUCGAGGCCGAAAGAGAUCUCAGUCAGGCUAUCGUCCACGUAGACAUGGACGCAUUUUACGCUAGUGUUGAGCUUCUGCUCAAUCCGGAUCUCGAGGGAAAACCGUUCGGGGUAUGCUUGGGUGUUCUUAGCACAGCGUCCUACGAAGCGCGAAAGCAUGGAGUGCGCUCUGGGAUGGCAGGUUUCGUCGCCAAGAAACUCUGUCCCGAACUCAUUGUUAUUCCAGUAAACUUCGAGAAGUAUUCGGAAAUGUCAAGAAAAGUCAUGUCCAUCUUCAAAGAAUAUGAUCCAACCAUGAUCGUCGCUGGCUGCGACGAGGGCUACCUCAACAUCACGAAAUACUGCGCGCAACACGGUAUAUCUCCUGAAGACUGUGUCAAAGAAAUGCGACAAAAGGUUCAUGAAGAGACGAAGCUCACUGCCAGUGCUGGGAUAGCUUCCAAUAAGAUUUGCUCCGAUAAGAACAAACCUAACGGACAAUUCGCCCUCCCAUCUGAGCGCGACGCGAUCACUGCAUUUAUGCGUGACCUUUCUAUUCGUAAAUUACCAGGUGUAGGUCGAGUUCACGAACGUCUACUCGAUUCUAUCGGCGUCAAGACAUGCGGAGAUAUAUAUGCUCACAGAGCUGUCAUAUGGCUAAUGGACCACUAUUUCUCAAAGAUAUUCUUGUAUAGUGCCUACCUUGGUAUAGCCUCGAACGUUGUGGAACCUUACCAGCGUGACGAGCGAAAGAGCAUCGGAGCCGAGAGAACCUUCACUCCUAUCAGUGACCAUGAGAAACUGUUAGAGAAGCUUGAAGAAGUAGCCGAGGAGCUCGAGAAUGAUAUGCGAGACAAUGGAUGGGCGGGGAAGACAGUUACACUGAAGUACAAACUCAAUACAUACCAAGUUUACACAAGGGCAAAGUCCUUCAACCGGUGGAUCACACGGAAAGAGGAUCUGUUCAACACGGGAAAAGAGCUACUAAAACCAGAGCUACCUUUAUGCCUGCGACUGAUCGGAUUACGAGUAACAAAGCUGAAGGAUCUCCGAGCUCGAGCAGAUCAAGGGAUAAAACGGAGGCGAAAGCUCGACAGCUCUGCAGAUGAUCAGUUACACGAGUUUCAACGACUCGUAGAUGAGGAAGAGGCAGACGCAAUCAAGAUGUCAGAGUUCCCGGACGAGCUUGACAAUGCAUUGGAAGCCGACAUUCACAACGAGUCUCUUAAAAAGCCUGCAUCUUCUACGAGUAGAGAUACCUACGUUGAUGCUGGAGAAGACCAGAGACACAACGCGAAUUUGGAUCCGUCAACCCCAGAACGCGAUUUAGACGAAAACAACACCCAACAAUGCCCAAUCUGCGCCAAAUUAUUAGACACGCGGGAUAACGCCGCGUUGAACGCGCAUAUCGACUUUUGUCUAAGUAAGGAUAUUAUCAAGCAGGCGUCUGCUUCUGCAUCUCAUGGCAAGUCUCCUGCUAUCUCGAAUGGAGCUCGUAAACCACGGUCAAAAGUCGGGCCGCGGAAAGGUAAUCGGACACUAGAUAACUGGGACUGGAAAGGAAGAUAG